AUGUCAGUCUACAAGUGGUAUAGAGGGUCGAUGCCGAUGAACAAGACACCCACGUCUCGUAGCAGGUUCGACUGUCUUCUCCUCGACUAUCAUUUGAAUUUCGAGAUGCACAAAGUAUCUCACCUUUGCCGGUUGGAUCCCAAUUAUCAUCAUCCUGACAAAUUGGAGACUUUGUACCAAGCCUGGAAGAUGAACCUUCUGAAAGCCGCAUACGAUGCCUGCGAGGAGAGAUAUCAAACCAGAGCCUGGACAACCCCAGAGUAUCACGAUGGGAGAAUCAUGCUCUGUUGCCGAUUCGUCCCUCCGUAUAGUCAGCUUGGAAUUAGCAGUUAUGAUGAAAGGGUCGAACAGCAUGCCAUGGACAUCUUCAAAGCGCUGGGAAAGGAGUUGGCGAGAAUGAUACGAGUGGUCUGGACGGGUGGCCAGAUCACAUUCCCGUAUCUUCGCGGAAAAUGCACCGCGAUAUGGUUUGUCUGCCAGAACAGUCGCAGCACCGUGCAGCUCCCCCCCGGUCUGGAAGAUCAACCGAACUACUACGAGCCUUGGCCCAAUUUCCAGCUCCCUAGUGGGCACCAUCCCAAUCACCACGCCGAUGUUUUUACGGACGACGACGCGUCUUCAGAGGUCGCGGCUUCUGAAGAUGACUAUACCGUUUUAGAAGACUACAUAGACAACGACCCUCCUUCAGAGGAUGGCGAGGUGUAUCUCCAUUCCGUCCCCCCACCUCCUGACGAGAACGGCAGUGAUCAGGCGCCUCCAAUGCCCAUUUAUCAGCCCACGUUGCAGCUCCCUAUGGAUUACCCUCUUCUGCAUCCUGAACCCUACCCCGACCAGCACUUUAUCCCAGAAGCUCCGGAGAACGUUUUCUGGCCAUCUCAGCAACUUCCCCAGGACCCUAACAUCUUCGCCGAAGAGAUUGACAGUCUCAUUCAAGACACAUACAAUCUCCCUCCCGGGUCCUAUCGCCAGCUGCCAUGGGAUGACAUCCCCCGAGACUGGAUGAGUUGA